GAAAAUAUUUAUAUUUUGCUAUGAACGCUUUCAUACCGUCUGGUUAAGUUAUGGGUACGUACAAAAGAUGGUGUAAUACAAGGGAUUACAAUUAUUAAAACCAUCACGCCGUUUGUUUUUCUUAUGUAUAGAUUUUUAAAAAUUGACAUUGAAAGAACCGGACUUUUCCAUGACAGUGUCGGGUAAGAUAUGUACCGUGAUUCGACCUUGAAAACCGGGAAAGUUCCUGCGUUACAUAACGAUCAUUGCGAGGGAGCCGGGACAAUGCUGCCGUUGACCGACAUCUAUGGCUCAGAUGUGUGUAGAACGGAAAAUGUGUAUCAAAGGCAAACCGAAGAACAUUCACCAACCGAUGGUUGCAUUAAAGGGGAUGAUGCUCGGCCAAAUCGAGAAACCUCCAAGCUUACGUUUCCACCUUGUUAUGUGUGCGGUGCCAAGGCAUGUGGUUGCCAUUAUGGCGUCAUUUCAUGCGCGCCAUGCAAAGCGUUUUUCAGGAGGCACUUGUUAAGAAAAGACGAUUACACUUGUAAAAAGGGAGGUAAUUGUGUCAUAAGUGAUAAGCAGAAGGGAUACUGUAAAGGUUGCAGGUUAAAGAAAUGCAAAGAGGAAGGGAUGUCAAAGGAAAAAUCGAGUAUAGGUAGAUACAAACUGUCCAAGCGGACAGAAACCAUAAUUAAGGCAAAGUCCUUGACAGAUGCAGACAAACAGGUUGAGAAAGAUGGUGAUGAAGAAGAACAAUAUAAAAACCAUGAAGUUGACAUGAAUUUAGAUGCAGCGCUAGAUAUUAUCUGCUUAAAAUUGUCUAGUUGUAACAUAGAGUCUGAAAAGCCGAAAGAGUUUACUGAUGAAGUAGUGAAAAACAUGGUGGAACUAUUAGAUAAAAUGCGUUUCUAUAGUGCGGGUAAUAUAAAGGAUGAAGAUAUGCCAAAAGCUCUUGAAUAUGCGGCAGAAAACCAUAAACGGAGAACAGAACUGUUCGGAAGUUUGAAGGCAAUUAGUUGGACUGAGUUUACGGAGAUAUACAGGCAGCACGGACUUGAUAUAGAUGGACGGGUAGCUGACAUGGAGUUAAAUGCCCAGGAGUUGGACGGUUGGCUUGAUGGCGCGUGCGACUUUAUUAAAGAAAUUCCACUGUUUUUGUCUUUGCCAGUGCGUGACCAGGUCAAUCUUAUUAAAGCAAGUCUUGAUGAAAUAGAUGUCUUGUUAAAUUUUAGGGAAUUUAGUGCUGAACACAAAAUCUUCAUAAAACCAGGAAGGGUUUAUUGUGAGGAAGACCUAGUAGACAAAUACAUUUCAAAGCGGAACUUUGAUCAAAUGUCACAUUGCCUUGUCAAGCUACAGAAACUCGACCCAAAACCAACUGAACAUGCGUUGAUGUGUGCGUUAGUUGUGUUCUCAGCCGGUAGAUGUAAAAUCUUGAACCCGCAAUUAGUCGAGAAGUGCCAAGCCAUGACAGCCGAUCGUCUGCAACUGGAAGUGAAAAGACAACACGCGGACUCGUCUGGAAGGUUUUCUAAAAUCAUGGACUGCCUUGUCGACACAAGGGGUGUUUCUGACAUGGUUUAUGAUGACUAUGAAGAAUAUUUCACAAACGAGAUUGUGCGAGAGAAGAUGCCAGCUUUUGAGAAACUUCUGCCAGAAAAAGAUUAGGUGUGAGGUUUUGUGAAAGUUGAUGCCCAAAAGGAUAUCCCCUUCACCUUUCCAGCCCGGUCAUAAUUAUAACAGCGAACAUGGAUGUUUGGAAAAAUAACAAUGAUUGAAAAGGCGAAAUAAAACAUUACAGGUUGCAAUUUUUGGUUUUCAAGUCUGGGGCAAUGGGAUGUUUGUUUCGGAUAUAUCUUGUGUAAAAUAUGAAGGUCUUUAUCUGUUUCUCGGAACAAUCUCUAGAAAUCGAAUGAGUGUUUGUUUAUUGUACAUAUACUUGCUUUCCAAAUCUGUUUUAUAUGAUUUGUUUUUCUUUGUUGAAUAAAGCAUUUCUCAUA